GCGGUCAGCAGAGGGCGCCCGGAGCGCCAGGCCACGCCUCCCGGGGCGGGGCAACGGUGUCUCCCGAGAUCCUCCGCGUCUCCCCAAAGCCGUCACAUCUCGCGAGAUCCUUCUGCGGGAGGCGACGCGGAGCGAGCAUGGCUGACGCGGAGGUGAUCCUCAGGCGGCCUCCGUGCCGCUCCCCCUCGUUGCUGGUCCGCAAGGCGCGGUCCCAGCUCCUCUUCAGCCGCCGAGCCCGUCGUCGGCUCGCGGCCCUGAGCCGGUGCGAGCGGCGGCGGCUGCGGCGGCGGCUGCUGCGGGCCCAGGCGGCCGGCGUUGACUGGAGGGCGGGCGUGAGCCUCAGCGCGCGCUCAGCUGCCGCCCGGGCACCCCGGGGGGACCCGGAGCCGCCCGAGAUCCCCGCCCGGGCCGCCGUUGCCGCCCCCGUCGGGCUCGCGCGCAGCGGGCUCGCGCGCAGCGGGCUUGCCCGCAGCGUUCCCGCCAACGUCCUCACCCAACCGGUGCGCGCGCUGGGCUCGGAUCGUGUGCUGGUGCUCCUGCCGGUUGAGGAGGAUUUUACUUUUAACGGAAUCUGCCGUGUGACCUGCCUCUAUGGCCAGGUGGAAGUAUUGGGUCAUAUCAUCAGCCAAGGCCAGCCUGCCCAAGAUGUCUUUUCUACCUAUACCCAUGCCUCCCUGACUAUCAGUGGAAUUCAGUACUCAAUGCCUGACAAAAGUGAAAAGGAGAUCAAAAGGGAAAUACGGGCUCUGCUCAAGCCACAUGUGAAGCUGGAUGACAGAUACUGGGCAAUAGAGCAUUUUACUCCUCUGUGUUCCAUUGUGAUGCUGGAAAAGCUGAGAACCUCCACUAUAAACUUCAUGAGCAGCUAUCCAGGCAUAACCUCUGUUUUCCUGCAAGAGAACCCUCCUUUGCGGAUUAAUUCUGAGUAUGUAAUUUUGAAGACUAUUGGCAUCAGAAGACAUAGGAGGAAAAGAGGCAUUUGUUUAAGUGAGAGUGCCCUUUCAGUACUGGAGGAGUUAGUCAAUGUUUGCUGUGAAGUAGAUGGCUGCCCUGUUAUCCUGGUUUGUGGAACUCAGGACAUUGGGAAGUCAACAUUCAAUAGAUACCUGAUUAACCAGCUGCUGAAUAGUAUUUCCUGUGUUGACUACAUGGAAUGUGAUCUGGGGCAGACAGAAUUCACUCCUCCUGGUUGUAUUUCUUUACUUAAUAUUACAGAACCAGUUUUGGGACCACCUUUCACCCAUCAGAGAACACCACAGAAGAUGGUGUAUUAUGGGAAGACUGCUUGUAAAAAUGACUGUGAGAAUUACAUUGAAAUAGUAAAAUAUGUGUUCAAAUCAUACAAGAGAGAGUCCCCACUUAUCAUCAACACAAUGGGCUGGGUGGUAGAUGACGGGCUCCUGCUUCUCAUUGACCUGAUCCGGCUGCUGUUGCCCAGCCAUGUCAUUCAGUUGAGCUCUACCCAGUGCAAAUCCAUGCCCAGCCUUACCCCAGAGUACGUUGAUGCCAUGGAUGGCUUGUACACAAAAAGCAAGAUCAAAAAGAGAUACCGAGGUUUUGAAAUUCCAGAGUUUGGAGACAAUUUGGAUUUAGAUGAAGACAAAGACUCCAGUGCACUUCACAUCUUUGCUGGACAUAAACUGAUGUGUGUUGAUUCAGAGUUUUCAAGUAGCAAAAAUUCAAGAAAUAGGGAAUCAUACAACAGAAUUUUUCGUGAGCUGACUGUGUUAAGUUACCUUAGCCAACUGAUGCCUCCACUGCCAAAGCCACUUAGUCCUUUGCACAGUCUGAUACCUUAUCAGGUCCCUUUCAAUGCAGUUGCACUCCGGGUUACUCACUCUGAUGUUGCUCCCACCCAUAUAUUGUAUGCUGUGAAUGCCAGCUGGGUUGGUCUUUGCAAGAUCGUGGAUGAUAUGAAAGGAUACAAGAGGGGUCCCAUCCUGUUGGCCCAGACCCCAAUCUGUGACUGUGUGGGCUUUGGAAUCUGUAGAGGCAUUGACAUGGAUAAGCAGCUUUACUACAUCCUUACCCCUGUGCCUCCAGAAGAGUUGAAAGCUGUAAACUGCCUGCUGAUCGGUACUGUUUCCAUUCCACAGUGUAUUUUUAAGAACCAGGAUGGGCUCGAAGGGACAAUUCCAUACGUCACCACAGAUUACAAUUUUAAUCUUCCUGGAGCAUCGGAGAAAAUUGGAGUAAGAGAAACUGAGGAAGCGCAUGAAAAGCCCUGCUUCAGAUACAGGUCGUAUCGGAAAGGAAAAUAAAGUUCAGUGCAGAGACUUAUAUGGAAACCUUGUCUCCCAGGCCUGGUAUCCAGAGGUUGGGGUUUCAUGUGCAGUGUAUAAAAGACAGUUAUAAGUUUGUUUUUUGACAGGGUCUCGAGUGUUAUUUAGCUCAGUUUCCCAGUUCCUUAACUGUUACAAUAAAGAUUCUUGUGCAGUGCA